GCCACGUUGUCCUACAGUUCCUACUGAUAACAAUAUUAAUGAAAAUAAUUGGAUUCUUCCAAACUGUACUGCAUAUGUUGCACAGCAAGCAUGGCUUCAGAAUGCUUCAAUUCGUGAUAAUAUUCUUUUUGGUCUUCCUUAUAAUGAAAAUCGUUAUAAUCAAGUUAUAAAAAUAUGCGCGUUGGAAAAAGAUUUUCAAAUAUUUGAAGAUAGUGACAUGACAGAAAUUGGUGAAAAGGGAAUUACAUUAAGUGGUG